UCCCUAUUUUACAACUCCAUGCACCAGUCCUUCCUCGAUUUGGUGCAAAAAAGGAAUCAAUACACGUUUUAAGGUGAAGAAGCAGCAGCAGCUACAUCGAUGGCGGAGCUAAGGCACUCUGGUUCGAGUGUUAGGGCUUCGAAUUCUCCUGUUAAAAGGGAUCAUGUAACUUCGCCAUUGAAAGCAGAGGAGGAAGCGGAGGAGGAGAUCAUUCACCAUUCGAGAGAGAGGGGAGUUAGCUUCUUUCGAAGUCUGUGGCCUUUCAGAGAAGAUAAGGUUUUAGCUCACAAGAUUGCCUUGAUUUCUCUCUUCCUUCUUCUGGUUGCUGCCUUUGUGUCCCUACCUCCUGUGUGGAACAGCUUGAAUGCUCCAUACUUAUGCAGAAAAGUUGGUAUCACUCUUCAGUGCCCACGUGUCAAAGAGCCACCUUCACUGUGGGAGAACCCGUACUCUGCUACCACCUCGUGGAAACCCUGCGCCGAGAGGAGAAAGGAUGAAAUAUCAUAUCUUCUUCCAGAGAAUGAAACAAAUGGUUAUAUACUCAUCCAUGCUGAGGGCGGAUUAAAUCAACAGCGCAUAUCUAUUAUUAAUGCGGUGGCUGUUGCUAAAAUAAUUAAUGCUACACUAAUCCUACCCAUUCUAAAGCAAGACCAGAUUUGGAAAGAUCAAACGAAAUUCGAAGAUGUAUUUGAUGUAAAUCAUUUCAUUGAUUAUCUGAAGGAUGAUGUGCACAUUGUACGUGAUAUCCCUGAGUGGUUUCCUGAGAAACCAGAAUUAUUUACGAGUAUAAGGCGGACUAUAAAAAAUAUCCCCAAGUAUGCAUCUGCACAAUUUUAUUUCGACAAUGUCCUGCCACGAAUUAAGGAAAAGAAGAUAAUGGCCCUAAAGCCUUUUGUUGAUAGGUUGGGGUAUGACAAUGUUCCACAAGAAAUAAAUCGGCUUCGGUGUAGAGUGAAUUACCAUGCCUUACGUUUCCUGCCUGAAAUUGAAGAAAUGGCCGAAAGAUUAACUAUGAGAAUGCGGAACCGCACUGGCAGUUCAAAUCCUUACAUGGCACUUCAUUUGAGAUUUGAAAAGGGAAUGGUGGGGCUAUCCUUCUGCGAUUUUGUUGGUACUAGACAAGAGAAAGCAAUGAUGGCAGCAUAUAGGCAGAAAGAAUGGCCUCGACGCUACAAAAAUGGGUCACACCUGUGGCAUCAGUCUCUUCAAAAGCGAAAGGAGGGCCGUUGCCCUUUAGAGCCAGGAGAAGUGGCUGUGAUACUCAGGGCUAUGGGAUACCCGAAGGAAACACAAAUUUAUGUGGCCUCAGGGCAGGUUUAUGGUGGUCAGAACCGGAUGGCUCCUCUCAGGAACAUGUUCCCCAACCUGGUUACAAAGGAAGACUUGACCACAAAAGAAGAGCUCAAAGAUUUCAGGACGCAUGUCACUAGCCUUGCGGCCCUUGAUUUCCUGGUGUGCCUGAAAUCCGAUGUUUUCGUGAUGACCCAUGGUGGUAACUUUGCAAAGCUAAUAAUUGGCUCUCGUAGAUAUAUGGGACACCGCCUGAAGUCCAUAAAACCAGACAAAGGACUUAUGUCUAAGUCUCUAGGGGACCCAUACAUGGGGUGGGCAACAUUUGUUGAGGAUGUGGUUGUCACCCAUGAAACCAGAACCGGUUUGCCUGAGGUAACCUUUCCAAACUAUGAUUUAUGGGAGAACCCUCUUAGCCAUUGCAUGUGCAAAGCAUGAUCAAUCCCCCCAAAAUUCUUACAUAAGGAAAAGGAAAUAUUGAAUAUCAUCAUCAUUUUCAUGCCCCAACUCUUCAAGAAUCUCAACCUAAUCCCUAGACACUUCUAAGCUUUACAGCUGGGAUAGUUGGAUACCGAAUAUCUUUUAACGCCUUCUUUUAGUCUUUGUUGUUAGGAGAAUCAAUUGGUAAAAAUACUCAAAUGUCCUUAGUUGCCCCUUACCUGUGGUUUUUUACUAGUGUCUAUGACCCUCGUUUGUGGAACGUUCAUAUAUGGCAGCUGUCAUAUCCACAGUGAUGUGUAAGAGGUGGCAUUCGACAUGUUGAAAUAGUGUGCAUCAUGCUUCACUUUUGUUAGAGACUCGGAGCAUGUCAAAACUUUAAACAGUAUUUGACCUCUUCUCUGUAUUUUCAGUUGUGUUGAGGAGGGAUCCUCUGGUGUGAGGUUUUUGUGCUACAUUGAAAUACUGUAUUUUAGUUGACUUGUAUGUACAGAUUUAAUGAAAAUGAAGGGAAUUAUGGUAUUUUUUGCUGCU